UUUUUGUGGGAAAGCUACCGUUCAAAGGGCGAGCAGCAGCGCUGGGUACCGUGUGCUGGGAUUUGGCAAAUAAGUGUGUCAUCAGUGAUUCAUUUGUUUUAGACGAUCCAGACCUGAAAGAUAUUGACCCGACGGUAUUAAAACAUUGCCAUGCUGCGGCUGCAACGUGUAUUCUGGAGGCAGGAAAGCACAAAGCCGACAUUGCUGCUAUAAGCACAUGUCUAGAAGACUGUAAACUGGAUAAAGAGAGAAUAGAACAAUUUUGCACCGAAUAUCAGAAAAACAAGGAUGCAUUGGAAAUCCUAUUGGGAAGCAUAGGCAGAUCUCCUCUCCAUAUAACUGAUGUGUCUUGGCGCUUGGAAUAUCAGAUCAAGAGCAAUCAACUUCAUAAAACUUACCAGCCUUCCUACUUGGUGACCUUAAAUGUAGAGAACAGUGAUUCAGGAUCACACCCAGAUGUUAGUUUUAGUUGCACAAUGGAGCAAUUACAGGAUUUAGUUGGAAAACUAAAAGAUGCUGCAAAAAGUCUAGAAAGAGCGACUCAGAUGUGA